UAAGAAUACAAUUGUUUGAUAUUUUUGUAAAAUGUUUGAUAAGAUUAUCUUGUUACGAUAAGAUAAGGUGAAAUUGUUAUUAUUCGAAAUACAUGGGAUAAAUUAAGUAACAUUCACCGUGUGUACAAUACAUAUAUCAGUCUACAUCAUAUAUUGGUAAAAAUUUGUUAUAGUACAAACAUCAAUAUGGCACAAAGAAGUGGUGCUACUAAAUUAGCUAAGCUACGAGAAUUGAUGGAAACUGUUCAAAUAGGUGGUCUUAAAGGGAGAGGUAUUCAAGCCUUAGUUGUAAGUUCAGAUGAUGCACAUCAAUCAGAAUAUUUAAGAGAGUAUGAUAAAAGGAUUCGUUUCAUAAGUGGUUUCACUGGUUCUUUUGGAACUGCAAUUAUUACACAAAAUAAAGCUAUACUGUGGACUGAUGGAAGAUACUAUAUGCAAGCUUUAGCAGAAUUUGAUCCACCAGAGGCAUGGACUUUAAUGAAAGAAGGUUUAUUAGAUACUCCAACCAGAGCUGCAUGGUUAAUUUCUAAUCUACCUCCCAAGUCUACCAUUGGGGCUGAUCCUAAUUUAAUAAGUUACACAGAAUGGGCAGUAUUACAUACCAGUUUAACUGCUGCUGGUCAUUGUUUGAUGCCUCUUGAGGAAAAUUUAAUUGACAAAGUUUGGGGCGAUGAACAACCUGCACCUACAGCUAAUAUUGUUUUACCUCAGCCAUUGCAAUUUUCUGGAUGUAGUGCAGGAAAAAAAGUAAAAAUGUGCAGAGAAGUAAUGAACAAAAACAAUGUGAAAGCACUUGUAAUCUCAGCUUUAGACGAAAUAGCAUACAUUCUAAAUUUAAGAGGAUCUGAUAUACCUUACAACCCUGUUUUCUUUGCAUAUAUCAUUCUUACAUUAGACGAUUUACAUUUAUUCAUUGAUAAAAACAAACUUGCAGAGGAAGCUCAGCAACAAUUAAUUAGUGAAGAAGUAAAUGUAGUUUAUCAUCCGUAUAGAGAUAUACAUGAUUUUUUGAAAAAGAUUGCAAGUUCAUAUGCAAAUGAUGACAAAAUAUGGAUAAGUAAUGGUUCUAGUUAUGCUUUACAUGCUGACUGUGGAGAAGCGAAGAAGCAUACAAAAAUUACCCCGAUAAACGUUAUGAAAGCAGUAAAAAAUAAUACUGAAAUAGAAGGAAUGAAAGCGGCGCACAUACGAGAUUCAGUUGCACUCAUAAAAUACUUUGCUUGGUUGGAAGAUCAGGUUAAAAAUAAAGAAAAUACUAUCACAGAAAUAUCUGGAGCGACUCAACUUGAAAAAUUUAGACAGGAGCAGGAACAUUUCAUUGGGCUCAGUUUUCCUACAAUAUCUUCAGUGGGGCCACAUGGAGCAAUAAUUCAUUAUCUACCAACACCAAAAACAAAUGUGCCAAUUACAGACAAAGAAAUUUAUCUUUGCGAUUCUGGUGCACAAUAUCGAGAUGGUACCACAGAUGUUACAAGAACAUUGCACUUUGGUAAUCCAACGAAUUUCGAACGCGAAUGUUUUACAAGAGUAUUUAAAGGACAAUGUCGCCUUUCAUCGACCAUUUUUCCUUUAAUGAUACAGGGAAAUUAUCUCGAUACACUUGCUCGGGAAAAUUUAUGGAGUGUUGGUCUUAAUUAUCUUCACGGUACCGGACAUGGAAUAGGUUCGUAUUUAAAUGUUCACGAAGGACCAAUUGGUAUUUCUUGGAAACCAUAUCCUGAUGAUCCAGGUUUACAACCUGGGAUGUUUCUAUCAAAUGGUAUAAAGUUAAAGUAUUGUUUGUCAUUACACUUACAUAUGUAUAUUCUAAUAAUGUCAUUACAUGUGGUAAAAUUAUUAGAACCAGGAUACUAUGAGGAUGAGAAAUUUGGCAUUAGGUUGGAAAAUAUAGAAUUGAUAGUAAAGGCAAACACACCUUACAAUCACAAGAAUCGUGGCUUUCUUACAUUUGAAACUGUUACACUGGUGCCUAUACAGACUAAGCUACUUGAUGUAUCCUUAUUAACAGAUAAUGAGAUUCAAUAUCUAAAUAAUUAUCAUACAAAAUGUUUGAAUACUCUAAAACCUCUAUUACAAGGGCCAGAAAAUGCUCAAGCACUCAAGUGGCUAGAGAGAGAAACUAAAUCUCUCAUAAAAUAAUUAAUAAAUUGUAUAAGAUUGCAUUUCUUAUCUUCUACAAGUACAAUGCGCAAUAAAUUGUUCACAUAAUUA